CAGUUAAAUAACUAUGUUUUUUAUAGAAAUGUCAAAUAAUGACAAAUGUAAAAAGAUAAAAUUCAUGAUUCCCCUUUAAUGUAAGGAGCAAAAUACUAUUUUGAUAAAUACAGGUAACACCGACAACUGGUCCCAUCUAUGGUGGUACCUAUGUAACUAUCUACGGGAGUAAUUUAGGUCAGAAAAUAUCGGACAUUGAAACCAUUACAGUUGCUAACGUGACCUGUGAUCUGAUGAACGAUACAACAAUAGAAUCUGAUCCAGAUUUUGAAUCUCUGGUGCCAUCUAGGUUGAUAUGCAAAACCAGAUCGAGUCUAACAGAUACAAAAGGGACAGUGACAGUUGUGGUCAAAGGAAAGCAUUCCAAUACAAAUAUUGAGUUCUCUUACAAAAUUCCAAAUGUAUCUUCUAUAUAUCCAAACUUCGGGCCAAAAGCUGGUGGCACAAAAGUGACAAUUUAUGGUGAAAAUCUUGGAAUUGGGAACAGGAAAAUCUCCCUGUUUCUUGGUAAUCAUAAAUGUGACGUAGUAAACAUUACUGAAGAAAUAUCCGGUGCUGAAAAUUAUACAUUUGAGUGUAUUAUCAAGUGCAGAAAAGUUAAUCCUUGUUCUUCAAAUGUGACGGAACUGUAUUUAACAAUGGAUGGAAAUAGAGUUGCCACCAACAAAGCAGUGUGGUUUAGUUUCGUUGAUGAUCCAGUUGUUGAACAACGUCCACUUCUUACUGCAUUUGUCAGUGGAGGUACAAAGUUAACAAUAGAAGGAAAUAAAUUAAACAAUGCCCAUUCCUCAUCAAUCAAACUGUACUACAAGGGUGAAACUAGAGUCGCAAGUUGUGAGAUUGUAUCUGAUAGAAGUGCAGUUUGUGAAAUACCUGAAGCGACUCGUGCUCUAAAAGAACAACUAGCCAGCCAGCUGUCGUCUGCUACAAAAGAAAAACAAAGAUGCAAUGGACGGAUUAAUGUUUCUACGGAAAUAAACUUUGAUGCUGUGGUCCGUAAUUUUACAAUAUCUUACACCAAUGAUCCAGUAUUUGACAUCUUACCAGAAGACAGAAAUGUUUUGACCUAUGAUUCCAAAGAACCUUGGAUUUUGAUCUCGGGAAAAUGCUUUGGUAAUUUACAUCCAGAUUUCGAUAUUGACAUUAAAGUUGGCGAUAAGACAUGUGUAAUAAUAAAUAUGACACAAACUGUGAUCAGCUGUGUUGCUCCGACUGUAGAACCAAGUGUCACUUCCGGGAAUAAACAUCCGGAAAUAAGUGUUACGGUUGGCAACAUUCACGUGACAGUAGGGUACUUACGUUAUAUGUCUGACGAACAAGAUGACGUUCAUACAAUGCGCAUAGUGUAUAUUUUGGUCGCAACAUUGUUUAUUUGGAUUUUCAUAUCAGGGGCUGUUUUCUUGUGUCGACGGAACAGAAAGUUGAAGAAAAGGGUGACGUACCUUGAAGGGAAGAAAACAAAUGUGAAACGCAGAAACAGAAAGAGUCAUAGAAAAACAGUUGAUAUUGACAAAACCUUUCCAAAAAGUGGAAUGUAUGAUGAAAUAAAUGACGAAGACGUCCUAGACAAUCCUGAUGAUAUUAUUGGUGGAGCAAAUAAUGACGAAUCAGCUGGCUAUCUUGUUCCACAUCCUUAUGCGGAUGUUGGUGAAGUUGACUCAUUUUUGGCUAUCAGCCAAAAAGAAAGUGAAACGGACACUAGUGUUGAUAUAAAUAGAGAUACCCCAAGUACAGAUCAAGCAUAUAUUCAUGCUAUUGAUGACGUGGACAAGGAUGGUACUGAGCACGUUAAGGAAGUUAAAGUCUCCAAAGUAUUAGAAAAAGCAGAAAGUGUUGACCAUGCUUAUGACGGCGAAUAUAUCGUUUCUUUUACGUGCAGUAAAUUAAGCAAGUCAGAGGGUGAUGUGGGAGGCCUCAAAUUUGCAAAAUCAGACUAAUAUAUUCUUCUAUAUGUCAACAUUUGAAAAGAAAACAAAUAAAUAGUGGGUCUCUUUUGUGUUUGCUGAAAUUCUGCUUUGAGAAAUAGUAACUUU